CUAGCAUAAACAAACUGGAGAUUUUCAUGUAGCCUUCCAUGUCAUUUAAGACUUUUUGUUAAUAAUUCGCGGGUCUGUUGUGCGUGUCGUGACCGGGUCAAAAUAAUUCGGGUCAUGUAUAAGUUAACAGAUACUUAUUCUGGUUGCCUUAUUCUUUCGCGAUACCCCCGCUUCGAGCCUUCGAGCUCCGACUCCGGCCUACUGAGCUUGCGCGCUGAAAUCAUCCCUAGACCAUCUGUAGAUACGCAGAUGGGAAGAUGGAGAGCUUCCUCGCCAUAGCCGUUCGUGAUCUUCGACGUUAGCAAGUGAAGGAAGAAACAACAAAGAAUGGCUUCAUCCCUUAUAACUUCCAUUAAUUCAGCCCUUAGAGGCCUAGAGUUUGCGGAUGAGUAUAUUGCACGCCGCAUCCCUUAUGCAUUGAAGAACCUGAAGCUUAAGCUAAUGAAUUUUAAGGUCUUUGUUGUUCUCUGUGCAAGAAUCUUGGGAAAAGAGAAUGAUGAGUAUCCAUUAAGCCUUGGAUCUCUGUUGGCAACUAUUGAAGAUGUUGUUGGAAGGUCCAUUGUAGAAGUUCAAUUAAAUUGUAUCCCUACUGGUGCCGGGUUGAAAAACCUGGAGAUGAAGAUUGGAAGUUUUGUGCGAGAGAUGCUUGAUUUGGAGGGGCAAAUAGAUGAAUGGUACGCCAGUGCGAUGUCGAAUCAGCCGAUGACGACGGGUUCUCUAACAGCUGAAGAAAUAGGGGAAAUUGCUGAUUCCAUUGCAGAAAACUCAGUGGGGAUUAUGAGUUUCAGAUAUUACUACUUCAUGUAUGACAACCUGGCACCAGAUCAGGCCAUGAUAGUGUAUGUUGAAAGUCUAGCCAAAUUUAUGGAUUUUUUCGGAGUUCAGAUGACAUUCUUGAAAGAUCUCAUCCGUUUUACUUUGUGGGUUAGUGCUGAUGAACGCACCCACUUGGAAGGUUUGUUGUUUCACUUCGAAGUUGUUGCUGUCAAUGCAGCGCGUGUCUUUCUUAUGUCUCCCGAGGAUAAGUUGGAAGGAGAACGGUGUGAAGAAAUGCGGGCCAGAGCUUCUGGAGUGCUUCAAAAGAUCAUGCCCUUUGACCAACAUGUUAAUCAAACUUACGGUGAGGCUCUAAGCAGUUCAAGAUUACUGUUGUUCAGACACUUGGAUGAUCCCACUCAUGAAGAGGAUUGUGGUUACACUGUGAUUGUCCUGAAGGAUUUUCUUGAUUCUCUCAUAUCUGUUCUUUGGGUCAUCCUACAGACGGACCUUCCUAUAAGGGAUCAAAUGCAAACGGCAUUUGAAGCUUUAAAAUUCUUAAGAACCAUUGUGAAGAAGCAGCAUCCAAGGAAAUUGGAUGAUGAAAUCAGGAAUCAAAUUGGAGUUCUGGUGUGUGAUGCGGGGGACUUGAUUUUAAUGAUUCACCAAUCAGAUUGUGAAACUGACCCCGGGUUUCGAGAUUUGUCAGAAAGAAUCAGGCUUACUGGUGCAGUGGUACAAGGGGAAGUUUCACAGGCAUCAGUAAUCAAGUUUCCCAAGACCAAUGGGUUGGGUUUUGUUGAUUAUGUACAAGAAAAUCUGAUGGAACUGAUGAUGACUCACGAGGGUGAAUCAAUUAUCAAAAACCAUGUGCAAAUUAUCGGAGAAAGUCUCGUCUCCUUAAGGUCUUCCUUGGACGAAACCUUGAGAUUCCACAAUGAAAAUGAGGACCUCCAAGCUCUUUGGAAUCGUGUUUUAAAGAUGGGAUACGAGGCAGAUCUUCUUACAGAUAGGUUAGUGACUGAAGAUUUUGAUAGUUUUUCAGCUUUAACAGAUUCCAUGAUAGAAUCCAUCUUAGCAGACAUUAUGACUAUCAACAGCGAUCUGCUUCAGAUGUCUUAUGGCAAUGUAAAAAGACACCCAAGGAAGAAAAUAAAAAAAUCAGAGACCAGGAUACCAAAUGAUCGGUUUCCUCAAAUCUCUCCGUCGAUUUUAAAUGAAAUUGUCGGUUUUCGAGAAGAGAUCACCUCAAUCAUUGAUCGACUUACAAGAGGAUCAGAUAAGUUGAAGAUAGUUGUUAUUUCAGGGAUGGCUGGUUCAGGCAAGACCACAUUAGCUUCAAGAGUGUACAACGAUCCUGCUAUAAUGUGUCAUUUUCAUGUUCGAGCUUGGCAUACCGUUUCUCAAGUAUUUGACAAACGGAAAGUGGUAAGUGGGCUUCUAAAACAAAUUGAUCCUACCGGAGCCUCUUCCGAUAGGACACAGCAUGAUUUAGUACAAAAGCUCUGGCGAAAUCUGAAAAGGAAGAGGUACCUCAUCUUUUUGGAUGACGUGUGGACCACUGAACCGUGGGAAAGUUUGAAAGAAUCAUUCCCUGAUGAUUCUACUCAAAGCAGAAUCAUAUUGACAAGUCGACUUCGUAAUGUUGUUCCUCUUGCCAGGCUUGAUGGCGAACCUCAUUCACUUCGUCCAUUCACCGAAAAUGAGAGUAUGGAAUUACUGCAGAGGAAGCUGAUGAUCCCUGGGAAAAACUGGCCGGUUGAAUUGAGCCAACUUGGGAUGCAAAUUGUAAGAGAUUGUCGGGGAUUACCUCUAACUAUUGUCAUCGUAGCUGGACUUUUGGCAAAAAUGGAACAAGAGAGACGGGGAGAGAUUUUAGAGGCUUUGAGUUUGGGGGAGCAAUGCUUGAAUACACUGGAAUUGAGUUACAAAAAUCUACCAGAACACUUGAAGCCCUGUUUUCUGUAUUUUGGGGCAUUUCCAAGUGAUGAAGAAAUUUCUGUGAGGAGGUUGAUUAGAUUAUGGAUUGCCGAAGGAUUUGUAAGAAGAUCGAACUCAAUGACAAUAGAAAAUGUUGCAGAAGGUUACAUGGUGGAUUUGAUUGAGAGAAGUUUAGUCAUGGUUGCUAAACGAAGAUCCUUGGACAAUGGAGCGAAAACAUGCCUGAUCCAUGAUUUAUUGCAUGAUUUUUGUUUGAGAAAAGCAACAGAAGAGAACUUCUUCCUUCUGUUACGAGGGUAUGAUGAGCUUUCAGAUUUCAACAGUCAUGGACGGAGAUUGUGCAUUUACUCUCACCCCAUUCAUCUAAAGAAGUCCAGAUUAUUUUCUCCUCAUGCACGUUCUCUGCUGUUCUUCUCCACUAAGGAAAUCGCAGGUGGCCAUGAAGAAGAUUGGCUUGAUUUUUCAAUAAUCAUUCGCAGUUUCAGAGUGGUUAAAGUGUUGUCUUUACCUGAGAUUCAUUUUGGUCGCGUGAUUUCAAGUGAAAUAGAGCUUCUCAAUCUUCUCAGGUACUUGAACCUAGAAGGCAGGUUGAAAGACAUUCCAUUAUCCAUAGGCAAGUUAUCAAGCCUUCAGACUUUGAUUUUGCGUCCUGGCGUGGAAGGCAUUUCGUUGCCACACACGCUCUGGAACUUGCGGAAAUUGAAAUGUCUGUACAUUAAUGGUGGUCUAAACAUUGGCGGUAUCUUGCCUAUUGAAAACCUUGAAAGCUCCCCGAUUUUAGAUGAGUUGGAAUGCUUUUCUUGUGCAAUAUUCUAUUCUCAUGACAGGAUGGACCAGCAAAUGAGCAAGUUCCCAAACAUCCGCAGGCUGAGAAUAAACCUCAUUCGGGUGUUGAACAGUGAAAGUAAGUUCUACAAGAUUGUGGUACCAGAUACUCUAAGUCGAUUAGAAUCACUGCACCUGUCAGGGUUUCUCCUGUUUCAACCCAAAAUGGAGUUUGAUUUGCCUGAAAAACUCAGGAAAUUGACCUUAUCGCACCUUCGUCUGCCCUGGAGUGGGAUUUCAACUAUCGGUAAACUGCCGAACCUUGAGGUUCUCAAAUUAUGUCAUAGGUGCUUCUCAGGGAAAUCAUGGGACAUGGAAGAAGGGAACUUCCCCAACCUUAGAUACUUAAAAAUGUUUAAUUUAGACCUUGCCCAAUGGACAUCUUCCUCUGAUGAUCUAUUGCCCUGUCUGCAGAAGUUGGAUUUGAUUGACUGUGGCAAUUUAGAAGAGAUUCCUUCAUCUUUGGAGAGCAUUUACACUCUGAAGACCAUGGUCGUCUCUCGCUGUUCUCCUACUUUAGUAAGCUUGGUCAAAAGCUUUGAGGAGGAACAGCUGGACCAGGGAAAUUCGUCGUUGCGGAUACACAUUGGAGAACUUAGUACUCGUUAGAUCUGUUUUGUUAGGUAUUUUUCUUUCAUUUCAUUCCAACAUGGAUUUUGGAGGUGUUCAUUUGACUAAAGUAGUGUAGGAGCUCAAUCAAUCUCAUGUCUUGUGUUGUUUUCAUUUGGUAAUAGGAGUGUAUGGCAACUCUUUCGUAUUCGUAAUGCAG